GUCGUCGGCAUGAAUCGGUUUCUGAGUUUGUGUGCACCUUCCGUCGGUUUGAGAUCGCCACUGCGAACAGAGCGGAUAACAAAUGCGUUAAAUAUCAAAAUAUAUUUCGAAAAUCGAAAGAAAGAAACACAAGUUGCAACAACAUUUCUGAAAUGCCACACAGAAAAUGCAAACGGCAACAUACAAAAGCACAAACCCAUGUUGGAUUAUAAUUUAUACCCUUAAAUUUGGGGACUACAAUGCGGCCAGAAAUAUACAAUGUUACUACAGUUCAUGCUGCUCAAUGCCAGGAUUAUUUUUAUACUGAUGGUAAUGCUUGCUCUUGUAACGACAACAUGUGCAAAAGCCGACGAAUUCAUACUAACACUCAAGACCCACAACAAUCGGGCGCUGCACAUCAAUGCCCAGGGCAGAGUGUCGGCAGAAGAUAUAUCACUGGCACAAUCCUUCAAAAUGGAAGGUGUUGGCGAUGUUUUCGACGAGGAUUUCAAAAUCAGCAUCUACGCCAAGGAUGUGGACUAUUACUUGUGCUUCGCCCAAGGCAAACUUGUUGGAAAGAGAAACGUCACAAACGAUUGUCACUUCAAGGAGACCAUGGAUCGGGGCUAUUACCAAUACACCAAUGCCUACAAUCCACAGCUGAGAGUGGGCAUCAAGCGCAAUUCUCGGCCCUAUGGGCCUAGGGAUCAGCUGAAGCCGAGGCGGUUGCGAAAUGUUUGCUUCUUGUUCAACCUUGUGAAUGCCAAAGACUUUCGCAGCAAUUUGGACGCCUGGGCGAGAAGCAGUAGCAGCAGUACAACAACGAGCACCACAACAACAACCACAACAACAACAUCGACAACCACAUCGACUACAACAACAACAACGCCCAGUCCAAUGGUCGAGGCAGUGACAAAGCGAGCACGUGGCAAGCACCAGAGUCGCGUGCAGCCAGCAACAACAACAAAAAGAAUAACAGCAACAAGUAUUAAUAGCGAUAGUUCUUCUACCCACAACAACCACAACAACAACAACAACAAUAGCCUUAAGUCCUACAACCAAGCGAACAGCGAUGCGCUGCGUGAGCAACAGAUUAUGAAACACAAUAAGGAGCAUCAGCAGCGUAUGCAGCGCGUGCAACAUCGCCAGCGACAGAAGCAAUCGCAUCGCCAGAAUCAAAAGCAGAAACAGCGACUGCGUCUGAGCAAUGCCAGCUCCAAUGCUGCUGGUGCGAUGCAGAAGCCGCAGCCUAAGAAUUUGAUGGUGCGUCACCAUCACAACAAUGCAACGUUGCAGGAGCAACGACGCCGCCGACGCAUGCAACGCCGUCGGCAGCAGCAGCAGCAGCAACAGGAGGAAGAGGAAGAGGAACAACAGCAGCGGCGGCAACAAUCCGCUGAGCAAUUGCCAACAGCGUCGUCCUCCUCCUCGUCCUCGUACACGGCAACAGCAGCAUCGACGGCGUUGACAGCAACCGUUUCGCUGGCGCCAUCGGCGCUCAAUCUGUUCGCCAUGCUGGCGGCGAGUCGACGUAAGCGGGGUCGCCGAAAACGUGCCACGUCCGGUGGCAGCAACGGAGGCGGUGCUGACAUGGAUAUGCAGCUGGUGGAGCAGACAUCCCAGCAGCAACAGCAACAGCUACAGCAGCAGCAGCAGGAUGUUGUCGAUGCUGAGCUACACAAUGAAUACUCAAAAGCCUAUGUUAAUAGUAAUUUAAAGUUAAUGCAAAAACAAAUACUACAUUUAAAUAGUAAUAGCCCUAAUGUUAAUAAUGCAAUACCUGCCUUGCCAAAAAACUACAACUACUUGUACAGUAACGAGGAUUAUAAUAUGAAUACUAAAAGUAGCACGACUGAUUCUAGUAGUUUAGACACUAGCCCUAAGUUCGAUAGUCCAAAUAGCCAUAGCCAUAGCCAUAGCGAUAGCCAUAGCGAUAACGAUAACGAUAGCCAUAACGAUAGCCAUAGCGAUAGCCAGUUGAGAGAGUCGAGGGAGUCGUUCAAUUUCGAAGAGAACAUUGACAAUAAUCUUAAGGAGCAAGUGAAUAACGAUCGAAUUGAAGCUGCCACAGUGGCAGCAACUGCUGAUGAUGAUGAUGAUGAUGUUGUUCUUCUUGUUGUUGCCACAAAUCGCAAUCAUAUUGAUGCUAAUAAUAUAAACGACGAUCGACAAGGCAACAACAGGAAUGAUAACAACAACAAUAAUAAUAAUAAUAAUAUUCAAAGUAGUAGUGAUGAAAGCCAGCAAGAAGAAGAUCAGCUGCAGAGUUCCUUAACUGGUUUUCAACUGCAGCAACAGCAACAGUUGCAACAAGCACAGCAGCAGCAACAACAACAACCUAAUAUUAUUAAUUUAAAUGCAAAUAUUAAUGUUGUUAACGAUGAUAACGAUGAUCAUCGUAAUCACAAUAGUAAUUAUAAUGAGCAAUUUGCGAAUGACGAUGAAACGAUACGAAUUCAAAAUAAAUAUGAAACACAUAUAGUACAAUACAAACCUGACGUAUUCAUUUGA